AUGUUCUCCUCUGCCAUUAACCAAAGCAGCUUGGAGUUCCUCCCAAGAGAUUUGGCCAGAUCUGUCCUUAUCAACGGAUUGAAACCACUGUUGCACUUCUGGGCUGAUGGUAGAGGGUUGAUCUGGGAACCCCCCAAAUCCCUGGGGCUGUGCUGUGACGCCUCGCUUACAGCUUUGCCUAUUUUGAACGGUGGUUAA